GCUUUGGCGGCUUAGUCUUACCGUGACAUUAUGGCCUGGAGGAGUGUAAUCGCGUUCGCUGGCCUCAUUGUGGCCCUGCUCCUGGCCGUCGAGAGCCAGGCCUCGCAGCUGAGUCGCGACGAGAGCCGCGAGGAUGAGGAAACCAACUUCAAUCUGGCUUCCACGCUAACUGGCGGCAUCCGCAGCAGUCGCCACCACCAGCGGGCCAAUCUCAACUCGAAUCUCAACUCGUAUCCGGACAGCACGCAGCCAGGUGCGGGCUAUGGCAGCGUCGACAUCGAUGGGCCACAUGGUCACGAGCAGGGCGGAUACACUCCGAGAGCAGGUGGCUCCAAUUCUAUAGGAUAUUCGGGGCCACAGCAGCCAGCGGGGUAUCCCGGGCAAGAGCUUCCGCCCGGCACUUAUCCGCCUCCUGGCUACCCGGCCACAGGUUCUCCUCAGCCUCCGGUUCAUUAUCCCGGUGGAAUUCCAGCCCAGAGGCCAGGAGUUCCCUCCUAUCCGCAGCCAGGAGUUCCCGCGUAUCCACAGCCAGGAGCUCACGCCUAUCCACAGCCAGGAAUAGGAUCCUAUCCAUCGCCUGCAGCUGCCUAUCCCUCAGGCUAUCCCGGCUACGCAUAUCCUGGAGUUUAUCUGCCUCAAUUUCCUGGCUAUCCGCAGCCUGGGGCAUAUCCUGGCUAUGCACCAGGAGCACCUGGAGGCCCUCCAGUGGUGGUGCAUCCCGGUGCAGCUCCUCCUGCUGCGUCGCCUCAUGAGAGCAGAAGACACCACAGCCGCUAUCCGUCGCACAAUGCCCAGGAUCCGGAGCACUGGGACCACAGGUUCUCCAUGAACACCGAGUACAAGGAGGAUGGCGUCCACAAGGGCUCCUUUGAUGUCCUGAACAACCACAAUGCCUUUGGUUUCGGCAGCGGAUACGGGGGCGGCUACAAUGGCGCCUUCAAUUCACCGGCCUUUUGAAACGGAAGGUCCAAUCUGGAGGAGGAGAGUCGUAGUCAUAAGUUGGAAGCUCUGUGACAAGGGGCAGCUGUACGAGCAUCUCUGUGUGUGCGUCCGUCUGCUGUGCCUCUGAAUAAACUUGAUUUUGCGCACUCCCAA